UCAUAUCAUCACGUUGGCCCUAAGACUUCGCAGUCUCCGCAGCUCACAUGGCUAAACAACGCAAUUCUCCGGCAACACAACCACCACUACGACGGAGACGGUAGCAGCGACAAAUUUCUCCACUUACAAACCACCAAUUCUGACUCAUCCACAUCCAACAACCACUGGUUAUCUCCUCGGCCUACGACAAUAAUCGAGAAUCGAUGUUUGUUUCUGUGAUUAAUAGUGAGAAUAAUCUCGAUGAAAAUGUAUGAAAUUGAGUAAACUACAGAGCGAGAGAGACGAAAACGGAAUCGAUAACAUAAAUGGAGCUAAUCACAAGAGAGAUUGGAAAUUCUCCAGGUGUAAGGAGGAUAUUCUCGUGCUUGAGAAAUGUUAUGUCGGUGGAUCAUUUAGCGAGGAUCGAUGCGCAGUUGGCUCAAUCUCAACAGAUUUAGAGGCUCCACAAAUCCGGUGCUAAGGGGAUUUCUAUAUUUGUGCAUAGUUCUCUCUCGGAGGAAAAAGCACUAAAUUCUUAAUAGACCUUAUUAGUAGAUUGAAACAUAUUAAUGCAUCCCAGAUGCAUUGGUAAAGGGUUAAUCAGCCUCUUGACUUCUAGAGAAGAAAUUCCCGAAUUACUCAAGCUUGAUGAUGCCAUCGAUCUUGUAAUUCCAAGAGGCAGCAAUGAACUGAUUACCCCAGCAGCCUGUAAUGCAAUGGAAACUCUUCUUGUUCAUGCAGAGUUGCUGCAGAAUGGUGGUGUUAAUGAGCUUCUCAUUGAACUUCAAACUAAAAGCAUGAAUUUUGCUCUUUUUAAGUUCAAAUUGCAGGAAAUAGCAUUGACUGAUGACAAUGUUGAGAAAAAGAAGAAAAUCAAGAAAAAAAAUGGGAGUGGGAUCUCACCAACUAGACAACCCAUAUGGCUUAGGAGACCUAAAGAAGUUACAACAUAG